AUGAAGAUGACUUGGAAGAAAAACGUUAAUGACACCAAAAACAAGACCAGAAAACGCCCAAUUUCUUCUAACCCUAACCUUCCAUUUGACGAUGUUAAUUCCACCUCCGCCGCCAAUUCUGCUCCAGAGCCGCUGAUUGAAGCCGAAUUGCCCGGAAAAGACACCUUACCUGAAAAGAAAAUCACGGUUAGAGAUGAGGAAGCAGAGGAAAGGAGGAAUCUUGCUGGAAAAUUUGAAACUCAAGGAAAUGAUCUUGCUGAGGUGAUUAUUUGGCUCAGUUGCUCAUUGAAUUCCAUCUACUCACUUUCCUUUAUGAAGGAGGGAAAAUACCGUGAAGCACUUGUAAAGUGGGAAGCUGCGAUAACAUUGGUGCCCGAGAAAGCUAUAUUGCACGAACAGAAAGCUCAGGUUCUACUUGAACUUGGAGAAGCAUGGAAUGCUUUGAAGGCUGCAACUCGAGCUAUGGAAUUGGAUCCCGGAUGGGCUGAGGCGUGGGUUACUCUUGGAAGAGCCCAGCUAAAUUUUGGAGAGCCUGAUCUCGCCAUUGAAUCGUUUGACAAAGCUUUGGCUAUUAAGCCCGAUUCCGUGGAGGCAAAAGAGGACAGGCUAGCUGCAUCGCAUCAUGUGCAGAAGAGAAAACAGCUUCAUUCAACAGGUUUGAGCUCAUCUGAGAAUCGUUUCCUCGUUGGAGAUGAAGGCUGAAAGCAUCGGCCUUGUGGCCUUUGCUUCGAUGUACAUGUAAAUGUGUUCGGAUUUAUGCUGAAAACUACACCGGACUAAACCGUGUUCGUGUGGUUUGGUUUGGUUUGGUUUUAAUAUCUGGUUAUGUUUUCACCAAACAGAAAUCAUUAUAAUGAAUUCAUUUUCGAUCUAA